AUGAUGUCUUAUCUUAAGCAACCACCUUAUGCAGUCAAUGGCCUGAGUCUCACAACCUCGGGCAUGGAUUUGUUGCAUCCGUCCGUCGGUUAUCCCGGGCCUCUGGCUCCUUUCGCAGCCACCCCCCGAAAGCAGCGGCGGGAGCGCACGACCUUCACCCGAGCGCAGCUGGACGUGCUGGAGGCCCUUUUCGCCAAGACCCGCUACCCCGACAUCUUCAUGCGGGAGGAGGUGGCGCUGAAAAUCAACCUGCCCGAGUCCAGAGUGCAGGUAUGGUUUAAAAACCGCCGGGCCAAGUGCCGGCAGCAGCAGCAGCAGCAGCAGAAUGGGGGCCAGAACAAGGUGCGGCCAGCUAAAAAGAAGAAUUCGCCAGCCCGGGAAGUGAGUUCGGAGAGCGGGACCAGCGGGCAGUUCACUCCCCCCUCCAGCACCUCAGUCCCCACCAUUUCCAGCAGCAGUGCCCCGGUAUCCAUCUGGAGCCCAGCGUCCAUCUCCCCGCUCUCAGAUCCCCUGUCCACCUCUUCCUCCUGCAUGCAGAGAUCCUAUCCUAUGACCUACACCCAGGCAUCAGGCUACAGCCAAGGAUAUGCUGGCUCGACCUCCUAUUUUGGAGGGAUGGACUGUGGAUCUUACUUGACCCCUAUGCACCACCAGCUUCCCGGACCGGGGGCCACCCUGAGUCCCAUGGGUGCCAACGCAGUCACCAGCCACCUCAACCAGUCUCCAGCCUCCCUCUCCACCCAGGGCUAUGGAGCCUCCAGUUUGGGCUUUAACUCCACCACUGAUUGCUUGGAUUAUAAAGACCAAACCGCCUCCUGGAAGUUAAACUUCAAUGCUGACUGCUUGGAUUAUAAGGACCAAACAUCGUCAUGGAAGUUCCAGGUUUUGUGA